CCCGCGCCAGGUGCAUUCCCCCCGCCGCGCCCGGGCACGCCGCAGCCGCCGGGCCCUGCGAGCCGGCCGCGGAGAGCAGCCGCGAUGGACCGGCACCGGCACCGGCACCGGGCGCUGCUGCUGGUGCUAAUGCUGCUCCGCGCCCCCGCGCCCGGCUCCGCGCAGGCAGUGUGCGCGGGGACGCUGAACGGGCUGAGCGUGACGGGGGACGCCCAGCACCAGUACCAGACGCUGCACAAGAUGUACAACAACUGCGAGAUCGUGAUGGGUAACCUGGAGAUCGUCCUCAUCGACCACACGCAGGACCUCUCCUUCCUGCAGACCAUCCGGGAGGUGACGGGCUACAUCCUGAUCGCCAUGAACGUCUUCGCGUCGCUGCCGCUGCAGAACCUGCGCGUCAUCCGUGGGACCCAGUUCUACGAGGAGAAGUACGCGCUCUUCGUCCUGCUCAACUACAACCCCAACACCACCCACGCCCUGCGCCAGCUCGGCCUCAACCAGCUCACAGAGAUCCUGGCCGGCGGCGUCUACAUCGAGAAGAACGCGCAGCUGUGCCACGUGGAGACGGUGGAGUGGCGGGACAUCAUGCGGGACCCCCGCCUGGAGCCCGUCGUGGGGGACAACGGCAAGGCCUGCACCCCGUGCCACGAGAGCUGCGGCGGGCACUGCUGGGGGCCCGGCCCUGAGGACUGCCAGAAACUGACGAAGACCAUCUGCGCCCCCCAGUGCAACGGGCGCUGCUUCGGGCGGGCGCCCAACGAGUGCUGCCACGAGGAGUGCGCGGGGGGCUGCACCGGCCCCCUCCAGACACACUGCUUCGCCUGCCGGCACUUCAACGACAGCGGGGCGUGCGUGCCGCUCUGCCCCCAGCCCCUCAUCUACAACAAGCUGACCUUCCAGCUGGAGCCCAACCCCGACACCAAGUACCAGUACGGGGGCAUCUGCGUCCGGAGCUGCCCGCACAACUUUGUGGUGGACCAGAGCUCCUGCGUCCGCGCCUGCCCCAACGACAAGAUGGAGGUGGAGAAGAACGGGCUGAAGAUGUGCGAGCCCUGCUCGGGGCUGUGUCCCAAGGCCUGUGAGGGCACCGGCACCGGCAGCAAGUACCAGACUGUGGACUCCAGCAACAUCGACACCUUCGUGAACUGCACCAAGAUCUUGGGCAACCUGGACUUCCUCAUCACCGGCCUGGAGGGGGAUCCCUGGCGCAACAUCUCGGCGCUGGACCCCGAGAAGCUGAACGUCUUCCAGACGGUGCGGGAGAUCACAGGGUACCUGAACAUCCAGUCCUGGCCCAAGCACAUGCACAACUUCAGCGUCUUCUCCAACCUCGUCACCAUUGGGGGACGGAGCCUGUACAACCGGGGUUUCUCCCUGCUGAUCAUGAAGAACGAGAACGUGACGUCGCUGGGGCUGCGCUCGCUGCGGGAGGUGAGCGCGGGCAGGGUCUACAUCACCGAGAACCGCCAGCUCUGCUACCUCCACACGGUGCAGUGGGGGGCCCUGAGCCGCCGCCGCGCCGACCUCGACAUCCGCAACAACAAACCCCGCAGCAAGUGCCAGCAAGAGGGGAAGGUGUGCGACCCGCUGUGCUCCGCCGACGGCUGCUGGGGCCCCGGCCCCGCGCAGUGCCUGUCCUGCCGCCACUACAGCCGCCGCGGCGUCUGCGUGCCCACCUGCCACUUCACCGAAGGGGAGACGCGGGAGUUCGCCCAGGGGGGCGAGUGCUUCGAGUGCCACCCCGAGUGCGAGCACAUCGAGGGCAACCUCACCUGCAACGGCUCGGGCACCGACACCUGCACCCGCUGCGCCCACUACCGGGACGGGCCCCACUGCGUGGAGAGCUGCCCCGAGGGCAUCCUGGGCGAGCGCAGCCCCAUCUACAAGUACCCCGACGCCAGCCGCGAGUGCCGGCCCUGCCACGAGAACUGCACCCAUGGGUGCGUGGGGCCGCUGCUGCGGGACUGCCGGGGGGAUGUCCUGCCUGUCUCCAGGAAAACACCGACAGUGAUCGCGGUGAUGGUGGUCGGGGGGCUCUUCCUCUCCUGCUCCUGCAUCCUCCUCGCCCUGCUCUACUGGCGGGGCAAGAAGAUCCAGAAGAAGCGGGCGAUGCGGCGCUACCUGGAGAGGGGGGAGAGCCUGGAGCCGCUGGACCCCAGUGAAAAAGCCAACAAGGUGCUGGCUCGCAUCUUCAAGGAGACGGAGCUGAAGCGGCUGAAGGUGCUGGGCUCCGGCGUCUUCGGGACCGUGCACAAGGGAAUCUGGAUCCCCGACGGGGACUCCAUCAAGAUCCCGGUGAGCAUCAAGGUGAUCCAGGACUGGAGCGGGCAGCAGUCCUUCCACGCCGUCACCGACCACAUGCUGGCCAUCGGCAGCCUGGACCAUGCCUACAUCGUGCGUCUGCUGGGCAUCUGCCCCGGCCCCCAGCUGCAGCUGGUGACGCAGCUCCUGCCGCUGGGCUCCCUCCUUGACUACGUCCGCAAGAACCGCGACAGCAUCAGCCCCCAGCUCCUGCUCAACUGGUGCGUCCAGGUGGCCAAGGGCAUGUACUACCUGGAGGAGCACCGCAUGGUGCACCGCAACCUGGCCGCCCGCAACGUGCUGCUCAAGUCGCCCAGCCAGGCUCAGGUGGCCGAUUUCGGCAUCGCCGACCUCCUCUACCCCGACGACAAAAAGUACUUCUACAACGAGGUCAAGACGCCCAUCAAGUGGAUGGCGCUGGAGAGCAUCCACUUUGGGAAGUACACGCACCAGAGCGACGUCUGGAGCUACGGCGUGACGCUCUGGGAGAUGAUGACCUUUGGGGCCGAGCCCUAUGCCGGGAUCCGGCUGGCCGAGGUGCCCGACCUGCUGGAGAAGGGCGAGCGGCUCUCGCAGCCCCAGAUCUGCACCAUCGACGUCUACAUGGUGAUGGUGAAGUGCUGGAUGAUCGACGAGAACAUCCGUCCCACCUUCAAGGAGCUGGCCAAUGAGUUCACCCGCAUGGCCCGCGACCCCCCGCGCUACCUGGUGAUCAAGCAGGAGAGUGGGGCCGUGCCGCCCGCCGAGCCCCCCACCCUCAGCGACAAGGAGCUGGAUGACAUGGAGACGCUGGAGCUGGAGGAGGAGGAGGAGGAGCUGGACGUCUCCUUCAGCCUCACCACCGGGCUCUACCCGCAACGGCCGCGGGGCAGCUGUACCCGGAGCCCCAGCCUGCUCAGCCCCCCGGCCGGCUACAUCCCCAUGAACCAGCCCGGCCUCGGCAGCGGCCGCCAGGGCGGGGGGAGCCGGCUGCCGCGGCGCAGCCGUCAGGAGUCCCUGGGACGGACGGUGUCGGAGUCGUCGGAGGGCCGGGGCACGGCCUCGGAGCUGGACCUGGCCGAGGGGGGGUCGCUGUCGGGGAGCCUCUGCCGCAGCCUGCGCUCGCGGGGGGACAGCGCCUACCUGUCCCAGCGGGAGAGCUUCCCCCCGCCGCCCCCCAGCACAGAGGGCAGCGAGGAGGACGCCAACGGCUACGUCACCCCCAACUGCGCUGGACGGGAGCCGGACCCCGCCGGGGGCUCGGUGCCGGAGCCGGAGGAGGAGUAUGAGUACAUGAACCGUCGGCCUGGGGGUCCCCUGGGAGCACCCCCGCCCCGGCCGGCCUCGCUGGAGGAGCUGGGCUACGAGUACAUGGAGGUGGGCUCAGAGCUGGGGGCCCCCCCGGGAGCCCCGCCGGGCCGGGGGCAGGAGGAGGAGGACUACGAGUACAUGAACAAGCAGCCGCGGCUGAGCCGCUCGCUGGGCAGCGUAGCCGGGGGUCCGGGACCCCGGCAGGAGGGCGGCCCCCCCCGGCACGACGGCUACACCGACAUGCGCCCGGGGGAGGCCGCCCCAGCCACCGAGGAGGAGCAGGGCUACGAGGAGAUGGAGGCGGUGCUGGUCCCCCACUGCCCCGGCUGCCGCGGACCCCCUGGGCCCCCCACCCCCUGCAUGAAGCCCCUGCGGAGCCUGGAGGCUUCGGACUGCGCCUUCGACAAUCCCGACUACUGGCACAGCCGCCUCUUCGCCAAGGCGGACGCCCAGCGGACGUAGGGGAUGCCCCUGGACCCCCCCCCCGGGCCCCGCUGGCACCCUGCUGCCUUUCUGGACCCCCCGGGGCUGUUUACACUGUAUAUGAAGGAUCCCCCUCGGGGGCAUGAGCCAAAGCUGCAGUGCGGGCAGGGGGCCGGGGGGUCCCAGCCCAGCCUGGGGGGGCUGCGAGCCCUCUGGGAGUGCCUGCUCCCUGCCACCCUUCCCAAAGCCUCUCCUGGG